AGGUGGAAUUUUGUACAUAUAAAAAGUAUACCAUGUUUGUUAUUUUUAAAGAAUUACGGCGUAUGUUCCAUCUUGAUAUGUACACGUGUACACGUAUAUUGCAGGCUUUAUCAUUCAAUUGUUCUAAGAUUACAUGACGAUACUUUUAUAGCGUCUUCGUAGAAAAAUUCAGCUUUUAGUAUUUCAGUUGCUUUGUGUUUUGCGCGCGCCUCCAGCAAACGUCAUAAGGCCGUGAAACAACCUGUCCCAUUACUUAUGAUGGUGAUGUAUGCUACAGACCCCUUAUUUUUAUGUCUACGGCUGUCUCCAAACUUGUAUUGUGGGACGUUCUAGUGUUUUGGUACUAAGGAUUACUGUCAAAAUAAAGUGAACGCCACUUUACUCGUGCUUUGGGAAUACUUCUGUAAAUAUGUCAACGAACGACCCCCCUCCUGAAUACACAGAAAUAAUUGACAGUUUUUCGGAAGUAGAGUUAAAUGAUAUCAAAAUCGAGGAGGACAAUGAAGAACAUGUCAAACCAGACCCUGUCACAGAGAAACAGACAGACAACAAGCACACAGAAAAUGGACAGGCGGCAGAAAAUUCACCAACCCCUAAAUCCAAAGUUUCAAAAAGAGCUGCCUUUAAACAGAUGGUUCGGCCAUGUCUAAGGGAAGCAAAUCCUCUGCCAGAAAACCCAACAAUUGGUGAUAAAAUCAAAGACAUGUUCUUACUUCCGCCACGGGGAAUGGUGGGAUUCAUUUUACAAAUCACAAUCAUCUGUCUACAAAUCUGGGGGAUUCUGGCCGCCAUCACCGGAAGUGAUGCGUUGCCUGGUGGAAAUUUCUUCUCUCUUAUUGUCUUGUUUGUUUUCUGUGUUAUUUGUGGACGUCUGAUUUCAUUCGCCAAUUUGCCCCCAUUAUUAGGUAUGUUGAUAGCAGGUGUCUUCCUACGUAACGUACCUGGAAUCAAGAUUAUUGGAGAAAGCAUCGACCCAAAGUGGUCUGGUCAACUAAGAAAGCUGGCACUGACUGUAAUAUUACUCCGCGCUGGCCUUGGUUUGGAUAUUGUCAAACUCCGGAAGUUGUCCUUCGCUGUCCUUCGUCUCGCCUUCAUUCCCUGUCUUUGUGAGGCCAUAACAGGGGGAAUCGUCUCUCAUUUUCUGCUAGGAUUCCCUUGGGCAUGGAGCUUAAUGCUGGGAUGUAUCCUAGCAGCUUUGUCACCUGCUGUUACAGUUCCCUCCCUCGUAAGUCUCCAGGAACGUCGCUAUGGUAUUGCUAAGGGUAUUCCAACAAUGUGCCUUGCAGCGGGAGGAUUGGACAAUGUUCUCUGUGUGACCGGUUUUGCGGUGUUCGUAGGAGUCAUAUUUUCAGAAGGUGAUCUGGCUGUGACAAUUGUUAAAGGACCAUUGGGGGUUUUACUGGGAAUAGCCUAUGGAUUUGUGGCUGGUUUUAUGCUAUGGUUUCUUCCAGGAAAAGAUUCUACAAAUUCAUUAUUUUACCGUGGAAUGCUGUUGUUUGGUUCCGGAAUGAUCGCUAUAUUUGGAAGUUCCGCUGUCGGUCUAUCCGGAGCUGGACCUUUGGGAUGUUUAACUACAGCCACUGUAGCGGCCUAUAGAUGGCGCCAGCAGAGACAACCAGGAGAACCUGAUGAAUUAGGAGGGAUCAUUGCGCUUGCGUGGUUGAUUGUACAACACUUCCUAUUUGGGCUUAUUGGCGCGGCUGUUGAUAUUGGCAACAUACAACCUAACACUGCAGGCCUGGGUAUAGCUACUUUGUUCAUUGGAUUGUGUGUUCGUAGUGCCGUGUCUUUCAGCGUAACCCUAGGAACAGGCUUCAAUAUCAAAGAGAGGAUUUUUAUUACAUUAACAUGGCUUUCUAAGGCCACAGUACAGGCUGCCAUUGGUGGUUUGGCACUGGACAAGGCUUUAGAGGGGAACAAUGAAGAUGACAUCCGGAUGGGUACAGAUGUCCUUACCAUUGCCGUUUUGGCCAUUGUGAUAUGCGCCCCCGUAGGAGCCACUUGUAUGGGGGUGUUGGGACCCAGGUUCUUGGAGCAUGGAGACAAAGAGGAAAUUAGGGUGGAAUGUAGCGGAAGCGCUACGUCAUCAUCGAAUGGCGAUUGUCAGAAAGAAAUCGAAAUAAAAACAGUGUCAGAAACUAAAAGACAAUGAAUCCAAAGACAUUGUUUAUAAAACUCAAUUGUGCUUAUUUUUACAUUUAAUUGUUUCUUGUGCCUCCAUGUGUGUGUUUGUGUAUUAUAUAAAUACCUUUGUAUUCAUAUUUUAGGUAUUAUUUUGUGAUGUUGGAGAGCCCAAUAUCCCCUGACAUAAGAAUGAUAAAAAUAUUUGUAUCAUUUGUUGUAAAUAAAUGAAGUUUAAUUUGAUAA